AUGGCAGGCUUCUUCAAGUCCGAUCGCGUGAACAGCACGGAUGUACACAGCUUGUACGGAGGUAGUUCAUCGUCUGGCAGGCCCGCAUCUGCGUACCAAGCGCCCUUAGCCGGCCAACAAAGCGUCCCACGGCCACCACCGCGCUCGAAUGCUCCCAUUCGUGUGGCACCGCCCUCGGUGCCAUCUGGCAGUGCCCCGGUCACACAAUUGCCGACACAGACAUCGACGCCGUCGUCUGGAGUCCCACCAGUGACACCGAGCAUGCAUCGGGGUGAGACGCGUCAGCCACAUAUGUAUCGUGUCGUGAAGGCACCUCAGUCGUUGAACACGACCAACUGUGUGGUAUUGAACCCACAGGAAUGGGGGCAUACACGCUAUGUAAUUGUAUCUGGGCGUUUUGCCUUUACAGCACUACCUGACAAUACCAACACCAUCGCGCCUGGUACGAUCGGCACAGCGCUGUUGCAGCGACAAUGGGCGCGUCUCAGUGCUGAAGGCCACGAUGUAGUGGCCGAAGCGUUUGAGCCUAUGGCCCUAGGGAAGGGGGUGUACCUGGGCAGCAUUGAUAUUGAACUUGACUUUUUGAGUCGAAGUCAAUAUAGUCAUUCGAUGUUUGAUGCGGAUGAAAUGCAGGCGAUCUUCCUCCGUGUGUUUGACCAGCAUAUUCUCUCCAUUGACCAGGUGCUUGUUUUUGAGUUCCAUGGCCAGAAUCUGAAAGCCACAGUGCGUGGUGUGCACUCAGUGGAUACCAGUAUUGCACACCACAUGGGCAUUGUGAUUCCUCAAACGCAAGUCCAGUUCUACCAGGCACCUGGCGGCUCUUUGCAAAUCAAAACGAGUGGAAAGCGGGCUCGGCCCAACGCGAUUCUCCAGCCGAACUUUAAGUUUGAGGAUAUGGGUAUUGGUGGUCUCGAUACCGAGUUUAGUGCGAUUUUCCGCCGUGCCUUUGCGUCGCGUAUCUUCCCACCCGACCUAGUGGACAAGCUGGGCAUUCAGCAUGUGAAAGGUAUUCUGCUGUAUGGUCCACCUGGUACAGGUAAGACACUUAUGGCGCGGCAAAUCGGUAAAAUGCUCAAUGCGCAGGAGCCUAAAGUGGUAAAUGGUCCAGAGAUUCUGAGCAAGUAUGUCGGUGCGAGUGAAGAGAACAUUCGUAAGCUCUUUGCCGAGGCGGAAGCCGAGUUCAAGGCCAAAGGCGACGAAUCGAGUCUGCACAUUAUCAUCUUUGACGAACUGGAUGCGAUUUGCAAGCAGCGUGGCACGACGGGAGGCGGUACAGGUGUGGGCGACUCUGUGGUGAACCAGCUGCUGUCCAAGAUGGAUGGUGUGGAUCAGCUGAACAACAUCCUUAUUAUCGGUAUGACCAACCGACUUGAUAUGAUUGAUGAAGCGCUUCUGCGUCCGGGUCGUCUUGAAGUGCACAUGGAGAUCAAUCUACCGGACGAGCAAGGACGUCUGCAAAUCAUCAACAUCCAGACGGCCAAGAUGCGCACGAAUGGCGUUAUGGAUAACGAUGUGAGUCUGCAAGAGCUUGCGUCGUUGACCAAGAACUUUUCUGGUGCCGAGAUUGCGGGUCUUGUGAAGAGUGCUACGUCGUUUGCCUUCAAUCGCCAUGUAAAAGUCGGCUCGAUGGCCGGCAUUGACGACCAUGUCGAAGAGAUGCGUGUGAAUCGGGAAGACUUUCUGUGUGCGCUUGACGAAGUGAAGCCGGCCUUUGGUGUCGCCGAAGAGGAGCUGCAGCAGGUCGUCCGCAAUGGCAUUAUGCACUUUGCGCCGCACAUUGACGUGAUUCUGCGCGACGGUCAAUUGCGUGUCGAACAGGUCCGUACAAGUGCACGCACGUCGCUUGUCACGGCGCUCCUACAUGGCCCGGCGGGCAGCGGCAAGACAGCGUUGGCUGCUACGAUUGCGAUGGCUUCCGACUUCCCGUUCAUUAAGUUGGUGGCCCCCGAAAAUAUGGUCGGUAUGAAUGAGCAAGGAAAGAUUGCCUACCUCAACAAGGUGUUCAACGACUCGUACAAGAGUCCGAUGAGCAUCAUUGUGGUCGACAGCAUUGAGAAGAUUGUCGAGUGGGUUCCUAUUGGCCCUCGAUUCUCGAACCCGGUGCUGCAGGCCCUCACGGUGCUCCUGGGCAAGCAGCCGCCGAAAGACCGACGUCUGCUAGUCCUUGCGACGACGUCCAACAAGGCCAUGCUCAACGAUAUGGACCUGGCCGAAGCGUUCCUGGCGGACAUCCGCGUGCCGAACAUUUCGUCGCUGCGCAGCGUGGAUCAUGUCCUGCGCGAGACGCAACUGUUUGCAUCGGAGGAGCAGCAUGCGCGGUGCCUGCAGCUGCUUGCCAGUGCGGGGCUUGGCCAGGAUGGCCGCAUCAAUAUCGGUAUCAAGAAGCUGCUGUCCGAAAUCGAGAUGGCUCGCUUGGAUGACGACCCAGCGGACAAGCUGACGGCCGCGCUGAACUUUAUGUAG